UGACGAUUCCAUGUCCUUGCAUAUCCAGGGAAGUCGAGUACCCAACUUGUUGGUUGAGACAAGUGAAGAGGCCCUAGUACCAUUAUCACAAAUGCCAUCCCACUGCGGCUUUUCGUUGAGGAGGGCCCACGGAGACGUUGCACUCGUUGCCAAGUACGCUGGCUGUAACGUUGCACAGCAGGGGAAUAGCUACAUCCUGCCGUUACGGGUUUCGGGAGUUGCUGUGAAGAUGGUCUGUCCUGUGGCUUGUCCUCUCACUGUCUCCUGUAGCCCUUCAGCUAUGGUUGUCAAUCUUGGGGUGUCUACAGCUGCUCUCAGGCUGAAGGUGAAUGGUGUGUGGCAACCUGUGUACCAAGCUUCUACCUGUGGAUUUACCUUGGAAGUUGUGGGAGGUGGACUGACCCUCACUGCACCAUAUGCAAGCAACUGCUGGCAAUUUGAGGGUGCCAAGAUGCUUUUGUCUGUGCAAUACAUGGAUAGGGAGUUGACCUUGUCCUGCCCAGCUGUUCAGCCCCCAGCUACUACUCCUUUACCUGCUCACAUGGAUCCUGGAGCUUCCACAGAUGCCCCCAUGACCACCUUGGCUACUACGGUUGCACCAGCUAGUGCUAAGCUGCCUUUGUAUCCUUGGUUACGUGGACUGUAUUAUCCUCAUGGUUAUGGAAUGCCAUGGAAUUUCCCAUAUGGCCAUCCUGGAACUCCCCCAGUUACCCAGACCACUACAUCUACUCCAGCUGCUGCUGCUACUACAUCUACUCCAGCUGCUGCUGCUACUACAUCUACUCCAGCUGCUGCUGCUACUACAUCUACUCCAGCUGCUGCUGCUACUACAUCUACUCCAGCUGCUGCUACUACAUCUACUCCAGCGGCCACAGUCGCACCAGCUAGUGCUGGUCAGAUGCCUUUGUAUCCUUGGUUAUCUGGAAUGUAUUAUCCUAGUGGUUAUGGAAUGCCAUGGAAUUUCCCAUAUGGCCGGCCUGGAACUCCCCCAGUUACCCAGACCACUACAACUACUCCGGCUACUACAACUACUCCAGCUGCCACUGUUGCACCAGCUAGUGCUGGUCAGCUGCCUUUGUAUCCUUGGUUAUCUGGAAUGUAUUAUCCUAGUGGUUAUGGAAUGCCAUGGAAUUUCCCAUAUGGCCAGCCUGGAACUCCCCCAGUUACCCAGACCACUACAACUACUCCGGCUACUACAACUACUCCAGCUGCCACUGUUGCACCAGCUAGUGCUGGUCAGCUGCCUUUGUAUCCUUGGUUAUCUGGAAUGUAUUAUCCUAGUGGUUAUGGAAUGCCAUGGAAUUUCCCAUAUGGCCAGCCUGGAACUCCCCCAGUUACCCAGACCACUACAACUACUCCGGCUACUACAUCUACAACUACUCCAGCUGUCACAGUUGCACCAGCUAGUGCUGGUCAGCUGCCUUUGUAUCCUUGGUUACCUGGAAUGUAUAAACCUUAUUUCCCUAUGGGUUCACCUGGUGCUCCAGUAUCUGGCCCCAACAGUGGGGUUAAACAGCAGAUGUACCAAAUGCCCUGGAUGAAUGCUUAUCCCCAAGUACCUGGCUUGAAAUCAAACGCCAGGCUCUCCAGUGGUUAACCCAUCCAAAUUUGUAAGGUCCGGCUAAUUUUUCUCCACUACAGGUCGGCGCACGUCCAGGAAAAUGAGCAAUACUAUACUGUGGUUAUCAAAUGGAGGUGGUGAUGGAUCAAUAAAAACAAAAAUUCAAAAUGG